AAAAAACAGGCGCCUAUACGGAAGUUACCAAAAAUGUACAGAAAAACCCAAUCCUCUUAUACGCAACUACGCCAAAAAUCCGUGCAAUACCUUUCAGGAUACAUUAUAAUAAAACACGUUGACAAACAGAGCGCACCCUUAAUGAUCGAUCAGGGUUGCCAGCCUUCCGAACUCUUUAGCUGUAGCGCCUGCUACAGUCCCGCGCCAACCGUAGACCGCUACGCGCGUAGCCCGUAGCACUUCUUCAAACUUGCAACAGUUACAAAAGUCUACUUACAAGUGACUGAGUUGAUAAGUGGAAGUGUUAAGUGGUUUAUACGGAUCGGAUCUAAGUGGCGAUGUCGCUGGUGCCGCCCGGCGGUGGGGACUCGCCGAGCCCGCGCCGCGCCGUCAGCCCUCUUCUGGAGUCGCGGCGCCCGCACUGCACGCUCGCCUGCGACUACUGUGCGGCCGUGCUAGAAGACAAGUUCAAACGUAGUGCAGAGAUGCGUAAUCGAGGCACGUCACCGCUGUCCGUAUCUCCACGUCAGUCUCUUACGGGGGAGCCACCCUGGACGGUUCCGGAAGAUGAUAGGCCAGACUUCUUAGCGCUCAAGGAAAAUAUUCACAGAAUCAACAAGGACUGCGAGACAUCCACGCGGCUGGACAUGUUGCUAACGCAAGUGGAGCAAUAUGCCAACAACCUCGAGGCCCUGGUGGAGGAACGCACGUCGGACUAUCUUGAGGAGAAGAGAAAGUGCGAGGAGCUGCUCUAUCAACUCCUACCGAAGUCAGUCGCCUCGCAGCUUAUUAUGGGUCAGCCGGUUAUGGCCGAGACCUAUGACCAGGUGACGAUAUACUUCAGCGAUAUCAUCGGCUUCACAAAAUUGUCCGCAGAGUCCACGCCCCUGGAGGUCGUCGACCUUCUCAAUGACUUGUACACGAUGUUCGACUCCAUUAUUGAAAACUUUGACGUCUAUAAGGUGGAAACCAUUGGUGACGCAUACAUGGUGGUAUCUGGUCUGCCCAUGCGCAACGGUAACCGGCACGCGGCAGAGAUUGCGCGCAUGUCGCUUGCGCUACUGAAUGGAGUGGCGUGCAAGACUGUGCCCCACCGGCCUGGGGAACGGCUACUGUUGAGGAUUGGAAUGCAUACAGGACCAUGUGUGGCUGGCGUGGUGGGACUGAAGAUGCCGCGCUACUGCCUCUUCGGGGACACCGUGAACACCGCCUCGAGGAUGGAGUCUCACGGCGAGGCGCUUAAGAUACAUGUCAGUCCCAAGACCAAAGAAGUCCUAGACUUGUACGAUUGCUUCGACUUGGAGUGCAGGGGAGAAAUCACGAUGAAGGGUAAAGGAAAAAUGACGACUUACUGGUUGCUUGGCGAGAAAAAAUCCGGAAAUCCUCAAAUCCAUAGCUAUGAUGAUUUAAAUGGGAGUGAAAACACUGCAAAUAACCCUAGCAUAACGUUCCAAGGACCUGACAGCCCUGCAGCGCACUCGGUCAGACAUCGCCAGAGUCCUGAAAAUAAAAGUAAUGAACAAAAAACUCAAGAUUCUCAUAAACAAACACCUCUGGAAUUACUAAAUGAACGAGACCGUAUUAAGCAUGAAAUUGCAACAUUUGUAGCAAAAGAUCUGAUCAACAAUAUUGACAUAGCGGUGAAAGAGUUCAGAAAAUCUCAAAGCGCAAAUUUUGCAGCAAUGAUGGCUGCCCAAAGUAAAACAGUUUGUAAUGGAAACGAUAGAGGCCUAAUCACACCCACUUAUGACAAGGAGCUUGUUAUUAGCAAAGGUAAGGUGCGAGAUGUCGUCAAUCGAUUCAACAACAGUGUAGGCAACGAUACUAAGAUCGAUAAACCGAAAUCGAUUAAAGCUGAAGACUGAAUUGCAUGAAAUAAAGCAACGCCUAAUUUCCUUGCCCGGUCCAAAAACCAUUUUUCUUUAUAUAGAAACAUAAAAAAGAGUUUAGCCAAUGUUUCUAUUUAAGCGUUAACAGAGUAUUUUGUGCCAAGCACAUUCUAUAGUCUAGUCAUUAUUGAAUAAGUAACAGUCUCCGGUGAGAUUAGUAAAAUGAAUUAAUUAAAUGGUUGCUCUUUUGUUAUUUUUUAUUAUAUAGUUGUCUGUAAUUAUUACACAUUAAAAGACUCAUUCCGAAUUUUAGAAAUUGAAUAAAAUAAUUAAAUAUUAGUAUAUUUAGAAAACACACGGUAUUUAACUAUUACUUUUAAUGACAUUUAGGUUAAGGAAUCAAUCGUAAAGACGAUUUAUCAGAAAGAUGUAGUGAGAAAAAUAUGUGUGAAUAAGAAAACAUUAGAACUGUAUUAUACACUUAGACCCUAUAGUGUUUUUACUGACCUUUUAUACCUCUAUAUCUUCCUUAACCCCGAAUACUGUCUAAUAGGAGUGUUAGUGGUUGGAGAAAUGUUUUUUUUUUUUAUAUAUUUCACAGAAUAUUCGGAUAAAUACUUAGUCCUUUCGCAACACUUUGAGGGUACAGACCAAUUUUGACAUUUAAUGCCAUAAUUGUUAUAUUGAUAGAAGUAAGGUAGACUUGACCAAAUUGAAAUACAUCUGUAUUUUCUUUUCUUCUUACUAUACACUGCGUUUCCUAUUUAUUGAAUGUUCAAAGUAAUGUCUUAGUGUAUGACCCGGUAUAACUCUCAAAACCUGUGGAAUUUUUAGUAACUGAAGAAGAUUAUAGUAUUGAUUUAUCUCAUUUCUCCAACUUCUAGCGUGUAAUAAAAAUAAUGAAUGAACUAUUUAAUUAUAGUUAAGUGUUACUAAAUGUUGUUAUUAUAAAUUCAGGCCUCUAUACAUGUUUCAAAAUAAUUUGGGAAUUCAAUAUAACAAGGCCCUUCGAGUGAUUGUUUACGCUUAUAACCACAGGUUUUUAAAACUUUGUUGUGAUUUUAUUUAUUUUUAUGUGGUAUUUGACUAGAUCUGCUGUAAUUUGUAAUGAUUUGAUUGUGAUAUUAUAUUAUUGUUAUGAAAGUACAACUUAUUUACCAGAGCUGUGAAAAGAGAUUAAUUUAUUUUAUAUUGUGAUUGUUUCUAGUCCUCAAUACUUGUAAAGUAUGGUCUGUUAUGUCGAAGUUUUAUUGUAUGAAUAAAAAGUCGGUAAUUA